GCUUUGAACCGGUCAUGGCAUCUGGAGCAUUUUGUAUGCUGCUGUUGUCGGGAGACCAUCGAGCAGAACAUUUUCUUUGAGAAAUCUGGGAAGAUUUACUGUGAGAAAGAUUACCAUUCCGUGUUUUCGCCAAAGUGCAAUAAGUGUCUUCUGCCUAUUUUUGAUAUGUGUGUGAUGGCCCUGGACAAGACGUGGCACCUGGACCACUUCACUUGCGACCUCUGCCAGAAGAUGCUGGUUGAUGAGGAGGGCUUUCAUGAGUUCAACAACAACAUCUACUGCAGGUUGGACGGUGUUAACAAGAUAGCGCCGAGGUGUUUCACCUGCCAGCAGCCAAUCAUGGACAACUUCCUGUCCGCCAUGAACAAACAGUGGCACAUCCAUUGCUUUGUUUGCUUGGACUGCAAGCGACCGAUUUCGGCGGAGAGUGUGUACGAACACGACGGACAGCCCUACUGCUUCGAGCACUACCACAAACGUCGCUUAUGUCGCUGCCACACUUGCCACGAAGCCAUCUUCGGUGCGUUCGUUGCCGUCGGCUGCAAAAAGUUUCACCCCGAUCAUUUCGUCUGCUCGUUUUGUAGGGUGAGGUUGAGUUUGGGCGGCUUCAAGAUCAGAGAGGGUAAGUACUAUUGCGUGGCCUGCUUCAAUAGGCUAGUUGGCUGA